CAUGGUAAAAUUCUGUCAGUCAGUUAAAGGAGGGGUUUUUAAACAGUAUUUAUGGAAAAACUAUUCCUGCCAUAAUGGAUGUAUCUGUUGAAAUUAAUAUUAUUUUAGUUCUUUUAUAAGGCUGCAGAAGGGGGAGAGCGGGGGAUAGUGCAGACUGUAGGGACACUGCCCUCCUAACCAAUCAGAACACGCCUGUUUGCCAUUACAAAGUUGUUAACCCCAGAGUCUUCUGGCUCCUGCUGCUUUUAAUCUUUUUUGGAUAUUUCUCCGAUUUUUCCAAACGCCUACAGAGCCUCAGGAAAACCUCUUAAUUCAACCAGCGAUCAUGGAAGAAAGUACCACUUUCUAUUUACAAAAUAUUCUAAAGAUGUUUGGAUAUCGCUUUGCUGCAUGGAGAUGGCUGUUUGUAGUAGAACAAGUAUACAGCCUAUAUUGUUACAGUCAUUUUGCAAGGACUAUCAUCUCUGCCGCUUCUAAAGGAACAUCAUCUUCAGCGAGCUAUCUCGGCACAACAGGUAUAUGGAGAGAAGAGGGAUAAUAUGGUUAUACCGGUCCCAGAGGCAGAAAGUAAUAUCGCAUACUAUGAAUCUAUAUAUCCUGGGGAAUUUAGGAUGCCAAAGCAGCUCAUUCACAUACAGCCUUUUAGUUUGGAUGCUGAACAGCCUGAUUAUGACUUGGAUUCAGAAGAUGACGCCUUUGUGAAUAAGUUGAAGAAAAGAAUGGACAUCUCUCCUUUGCAGUUUGAGGAGAUGAUAGACAGGCUAGAAAAGGGCAGUGGUCAGCAGCCAGUCAGCCUGCAGGAGGCCAAACUGCUUCUGAAGGAAGAUGAUGAAUUAAUUAGAGAAGUGUAUGAGUACUGGAUUAAAAAGAGGAAAAACUGUCGAGGUCCCUCUCUUAUCCCAACAGUAAAACAAGAGAAGCGAGAUGGUUCCAGCACAAAUGAUCCUUAUGUUGCUUUUAGAAGGCGAACAGAAAAGAUGCAGACUCGAAAAAAUCGAAAGAAUGAUGAAGCGUCUUAUGAAAAGAUGCUUAAGUUGCGUCGAGAUCUGAGUCGUGCAGUAACUAUCCUAGAGAUGAUAAAGAGAAGGGAAAAAAGCAAGAGGGAGUUAUUGCAUUUAACACUGGAAAUUAUGGAAAAGAGGUAUAAUUUGGGUGACUACAGUGGAGAGAUCAUGUCCGAGGUUAUGGCACAGCGGCAGCCAAUGAAACCUACCUAUGCCAUCCCCAUCAUUCCUGUUACAAAUAGCAGUCCAUUUAAGCAUCAAGAAGCUAUGGAACUGAAGGAAUUCAAAGUUAACAAGCAAGAGAAAGCUGAUGUUAUAAGACCCAAAAGGAAAUAUGAGAAGAAGCCCAAAGUCUUGCCUUCAUCUGCUGCUGCUACUCCUCAACAGACAAGUCCUGCUGCACUGCCAGUCUUUAAUGCUAAAGAUCUGAAUCAGUAUGAUUUCCCAAGCUCAGAUGAAGAACCUCUUUCCCAAGUUAUGUCUGGUUCCUCCGAAGCUGAGGAAGAAAAUGAUCCUGACGGUCCUUUUGCUUUCCGUAGGAAAGCAGGUUGUCAGUACUAUGCUCCUCAUUUAGACCAAACUGGCAACUGGCCAUGGAGUAGUCCUAAAGACGGAAGAUUAGGAGAUGUCCGCUAUAGAUACUGCUUAACCACGCUCACUGUACCCCAAAGGUGUAUUGGGUUUGCACGAAGACGGGUUGGACGUGGUGGAAGGGUGCUACUGGACAGAGCGCAUUCAGACUACAACAGUACGUUUCGCCAGCUGGAUUUGGAAAUGCUUUCCUCAACACAACACUCUUCAAUCAGUCAAGUUGCCAAUACCUCAGAAACAAAUACCUCGGACAAAUCUUUCUCUAAAGACCUCAGUCAGAUACUAGUCAAUAUCAAAUCAUGUAGAUGGCGGCAUUUUAGGCCUCGGACACCAUCUCUACAUGACAGUGACAAUGAUGAACUCUCCUGUAGGAAAUUAUACAGGGGUAUAAAUCGAACAGGCACAGCACAACCUGGGACCCAGACAUGCAGUACCUCUAUACAAAGUAAAAGUAGCAGUGGUUCAGCACACUUUGCAUUUACAGCCGAACAAUACCAGCAACAUCAACAGCAACUGGCACUAAUGCAGCAACAGCAGUUUGCACAAAUUCAUCAACAGCAAGCAAAUAGUAAUUCCUCUGCCAACACUUCACAGAACCUUGAAACUAACCAACAGGAAAGUGGCUUUCGCCUGAAUCUACAUCAUAGCCAUUCUGUAAAGUGUUUAGAAGGGACACUGCAGGGUUUUGUUUCCAAGACAUUGGAUUCUGUUAGUGCUCAAUUUGCUGCUUCAGCUUUGGUAACAUCUGAACAAUUGAUGGGAUUCAAAAUGAAGGAUGAUGUGGUGCUUGGAAUUGGGGUGAAUGGCAUCCUUCAGGCCUCAGGAGUAUACAAGGGCUUACACCUCAGUAGUACUACACCUACAGCACUUGUACAUACAAGUUCAUCGUCAGCAGCAGGUUCAACCUUGUUACCGCCUUCAAAUAUAACACAGACUUCGAGUUCCCACAGUGCACUGAGUCACCAAGUAACUGCUGCCAACUCUGCAACCACUCAGGUCCUGAUUGGGAACAACAUUCGAUUAACUGUACCCUCAUCAGUUGCCACUGUAAACUCUAUUUCCACACUCAAUGCACGACAUAUACCUAGGACUUUAAGUGCUGUUCCAUCAUCUGCCUUAAAGCUGGCUGCAGCAGCAAACUGUCAGGUGCCCAAGGUUUCAGCUUCAUCCUCUGUGGAUGCAGUACCAAGGGAAAACCACGAAACAGAAAAGCCAGCACUGAACAAUAUAGUGGACAAUACAGUAGCAAUGGAGGUGACGUAGUUUCCAUAGGAACGGAAAUGCAGCCUUGGGAACUUGUUUAGGUGCUAUGCAUCAGUAGCAUUUUGAAUGCAAGGGAUGAUGGAAUGCCGCACAUUGCGUUUCCGUGGCAGCUGUGGGGACUUGACAGCAAUGCACAUCUCUCAUGCUUUGGAUUUUCUUUUCUUACUAUUAAUAGGAAAGAAUCAACAUCUGUAAAUUAAGAAUACAGCAAUUAUCUGUACAGUACUGCAUAUUUGUAAUACCCUGUAUAUAUGUUACUUGAAUACAGAACUGUUCAUUUGUGAUGCUUUGCACUUGGGGUGGGGGUGGGAGGGAGGGAAACAAAUUGCAACAAAGUAAGAGUGUGAGAUGUGAGAUUGUAUAGAGAUGAAAAGUGUCAUCACAUCAUGUGCAUGGUGCGGAACCUGCUGUUUUAUCUAUUUAUUGUGCUGUGUUUACAGUUUUUUGUACACUGUACCUUCAUUGGUUCCUGUGCUGUAGUAAAUGUGUUAGGUAGCUGUGGA